ACACACACACACACACACACACACACACACACACACACUGUGUGGUAAAGGGGGUGGGGCUGCUAUUGACACAGAAGGGAGAGCUGGGGGAUACGAAGAAGCAGGAACAGUAGACCUUGGCUGUGUGUUCACUACGGUCCGCCCCCCUGCCUUUUUUUCCUCCUUUUCUUUGCUCUAUUUUUACCUCCCGGUCUGACCGGGCUCACUGCUGAAUGAAUCCAUAUGCAAGUAGCUUUACAUCUGCCACGGAGGAGGAGGCAACAUUGGGAGGGGAGGAGCUGAUACUGGGGGAUGUUGAGUGAGCCACAGGGAUGGGAGAUGGAGGAGGUGCUGUCGUAACGGUGGAUUUUCCUAAUAGACGAUACUCAAUGGCUGGGGACUACACUGGAUUGUGCGUUUGAUUUUGAUUUUUUUUUUUCUUCAGGCUCAACACACCCACAUGUUUUGUAUUUUGGGUUUUUUUAGCUGGAUGUACAACAAAAGAACAGUCAAGUGGCCAGCUGAAAUGUGUGAGGUGCUGAGCGGUGAGUGAGGCGGUGGAUGCGGCAUGCAGAGGCCACUCCCCCUGGCUCAGAAUGAGUGUCAGAGAUGGCGCUGCCACAAUGGCAACGAUCACGAGCGGAGGAGGAGGAGGAGGGGGAGGAAAGGCAGCUAACCCCCAGGACGGCCGCGCCUACCUGCUUCAGAUCUACCCACGGUUGGCUACAGAGUCCUCUGCCUGCUGCUAUCUCAGAGUUCAGAAGGAUGCGACCGCCGCCUCGGUGAUCUGCGACGCGGCCGCGGCUCUGGGGCUGGACCCCAGCAGGCUGUAUGUGCUGGCCGAGGUGAAGGAGUGCGGCGGGGAGGAGUGGAUCCUGGAGUCUGGGGACCUGCCCGUGCAGAGGCUGCUGCUGUGGCCCCGGAGGGCCCAGGAGGAACACCCCCAGAGCCUGGGCUUUUAUUUCUUACUACAGGAGAGCAACCGCGACGGCACCAUCCAGUACGUCCACCUCCCUGCCCUGACCACGGAACAGCAGGCGCAGAGGCUGGCGGCCAGGGGCUUCCUCCCCCCCCCCCAGGAUGACUUUGCAGACCUCUGCAACCUGCCCGCCCUCAACGAGGACAGCAUCCUGGAGAACCUGCGCACCCGCUUCCACAAGAAGAAAAUCUACACGUACGCCGGCAGCAUCCUCAUCGCCAUCAACCCCUUCAAGUUCCUGCCCAUCUACAACCCCAAGUACGUCAAGAUGUAUGAGAACCACCAGCUCGGCAAGCUGGAGCCUCACAUCUUUGCCAUCGCGGACGUAGCUUACUACGCCAUGCUGAGGAAGAGGGUCAACCAGUGUAUCGUCAUCUCCGGGGAGAGCGGCUCGGGCAAGACCCAGAGCACCAACUUCCUGAUUCAUUGCCUGACCGCCCUCAGUCAGAAGGGCUAUGCCAGCGGGGUGGAGAGGACCAUUCUCGGAGCUGGACCGGUACUGGAGGCCUUUGGGAACGCCAAGACGGCCCACAACAACAACUCCAGUCGCUUUGGGAAGUUCAUCCAGGUCAACUACCUGGAGAGCGGCGUAGUGAGAGGGGCUGUGGUGGAGAAGUAUUUGCUGGAGAAGUCUCGCCUGGUGUCCAGAGAAGAGAACGAGAGGAACUACCAUGUGUUCUACUACCUGCUGAUGGGAGCUUCUGACGAGGAACGGAGGGAGUUCAAGCUGCUGGCACCUGAAGACUACCUUUACCUCAAACAGCAAAACUUCAGGAUCGAGGAUGAGGAGGACUUGCGCCAUGACUUCGAGAGGCUGCAGCAGGCCAUGGAGAUGGUUGGCUUCCUCUCGGCCACCAAGAAACAGAUCUUCUCUGUACUGUCGGCCAUCCUGUACCUGGGAAAUGUGACCUACAGCGACAAGACCGACGGCCGGGAAGAAGGCCUGGACGUGGGGCCUCCUGAUGUCCUGGCUACCCUCUCUGAUCUGCUGAAGGUGAAAGAGGAGUUGCUGGUUGAGGCCCUGACUAAGAGGAAGACGGUCACGGUCAAUGACAAACUCAUCCUGCCCUACAGCCACAGUGAGGCAAUCACAACCAGGGACUCCAUGGCCAAGUCUCUGUACAGUGCCCUCUUCGACUGGAUUGUGCUGCGCAUCAACCAUGCCCUGCUGAACAAGAGAGACAUGAAGGAAUCCGUCCCAUGUUUGUCCAUCGGCGUCCUGGAUAUAUUUGGCUUUGAGGACUUUGAAACCAACAGCUUUGAGCAGUUCUGCAUCAACUAUGCCAACGAGCAGCUACAGUAUUACUUCAACCAGCACAUCUUCAAACUGGAGCAGGAAGAGUAUCAAGCAGAGGGAAUCACCUGGCACAACAUUGACUACACGGACAAUGUGGGCUGUAUCCACCUGAUCAGCAAGAAACCCACCGGUCUGCUCUAUCUCCUGGACGAGGAGAGCAAUUUCCCACAUGCCACAGACGUCACCUUGCUGGCCAAGUUCAAGCAGCAGCACCAGGGGAACAAGUACUUUGUCGCCACACCGGUCAUGGAGCCCGCCUUUGUCAUCCGCCACUUCGCUGGGGUGGUCAAGUACCAGAUCAAGGAUUUCCGUGAGAAAAACACGGACCACAUGCGUCCGGACAUCGUGGCGCUGCUGCGGAGCAGCGACCGGGCCUUCGUGCGCCAGCUCAUCGGCAACGACCCGGUGGCCAUGUUCCGCUGGGGCAUUCUGCGGGCCACCAUCCGGGGAAUGGCCGCCUUCAACCAGGCCGGGAGGCGCUGGGCCGCCAAGACGGCAGGCGUGGUGCGGCCUCCCUCCAGGACUCCACUAGGAGAGCUGCAAAGGCCCAACCCCCCGGUGGAAAAGAUGUACAAACGAGCCUCUAUGCUCGAUUUCAGCUUUGACCACUCAGAGGAGCGCCCUCUAGAGGCCUUUGAAGACAUCUUUGCUAGCUAUGAGAGUAAGAAGGACAUGCACGCUCAGAUCGUCAGCUCCAUUAACGACCUGCAGCUGGACAGCGAGGACCCCCGCAAGCUGCUGCAGCCCUGGGGGCGCCUCAGGUUCCCCCGGCACGCUCUCCAGAAGAACAAGCAGACCAAGCAGAAGCAGAUCAUCCCUAAGAGUUUGCUGGACUCGCGGUCUCUCAAGUUCAUCGUUGGCCUGACUCUACAAGACCGCACCAACAAGACCCUUCUCCGCCUGCAAAAGAAGAAGAAAACCCCCAGCAUCAGUGCCCAGUUCCAGUCCUCCCUGACCAAGCUCUUGGGAACGCUGAGUAAAGCCGAGCCUUUCUUCAUCCGUUGCAUUCGCUCCAAUGCUGAGAAGAAGGAGAUGUGUUUGGACGAGGCCCUGGUUUUGCAACAGCUGCGGUAUACAGGCAUGCUGGAGACGGUUCGAAUCAGGAGGUCAGGCUACGGUGCCAAGUACACCUUCCAGGAGUUCAUCGAGCAUUUCAGGGUUCUUCUCCGUAAGAACGCCACCGACUCCAGAGAGGACAUCUCAUUACUGUUUCAGAAGAUGGGCAUGGACCCCACGACCUACCAGAUCGGCAAAACUAAGGUCUACCUGAAGGAGCUGGAGCGGCAGCACCUGCAGGACACCCUGCACAAGGACGUGAUGCGCAAGAUCAUCUUCCUGCAGCGCUGGUUCAGAGCCCGCCUGCAGAGGACCGAGUACCUGGCCAUGAGGCAGGCGGCCGGCGUGCUCCAGCGGUCGUGGCGCAGGUACUGCAGGGAGGAGAGGCGGGCGCGUGCGGCCACGCUGAUCCAGGCUGUGUGGAGGGGCUCCAGGCAGAGAGCAGAGUACCGGCGCCACAGGCAGGACAUCACCAAGCUGCAGGCCCUGGUCCGAGGACACUCUGCCCGCAGAAGAUGCAAUUCCAUCCGCGAGGAGAAAAGGCAGGAAGAGGAAGUGGCUCGGAGGAGGGCGGAGGAAGAGGAGGCGAAGCGCAAAGCAGAGGAGGAAGAGGCCCGGAGGGAAGCGGAGGAGGCCAGGAGGAGAGCAGAGGAGGAGGAGGAGGAGGCCAGAAGGAGAGCCGAGGAGGAGGCAGUUCGGCUCGCCAGGGAGACCGAGGACGCCCGGCUGGCCAGAGAGGCCGAAGAGGACGAGAAGAAGCAGAGGGAGGAAGAGGAGAGACUAGCGAAGGCGAAGGCCGAGAAAGAGGAGGCUGCUCUGCUGAAGCAGGCAGGCGGCCAGGAGGCCGAGCCCCAGACCAGGGAGCGCCCAGACAUCGAGCUGGUGAUGGAGGAGACUCUGGAUGAAAGCCAGGCAGCGGAGAAGUCCCUCUCGCCCGAAGAGGAUGGCGAAGGGGCAGCCUCCGGCCCGCAGCCGUCCGGAGAGGCGGGGAAGGAGGGAGAGCUGGAGGACGAGGACGAAGGCCUCGGGGAGGACGAAGACAGCGGGGAGCCUUCGUCGCCCAGGUCCUACGUGGAGACCAACGGUACGCCGGCUGAGGCUGGUUCUCAGCAGGACGUAGAGGAGGAGGAGGACGACGUGGGGAGAGCCCCUGAACCCACGGGGGGCGUCCCGUCUGGUACCCGACCUGCUCCGUGCACCGCCCGCGCAGCCCCGCAGGUGGAGGAGAACAGCAAGGGGCGGGCCGCCGCCCUCCACAAGGGCCAGUCGUCCAAGAGCCAGGAGAAGAGGGAGCAGCGGCGACGCCGGGGCCUGGAGCACAACCAGCGCGAGUCGGAGCGCGCCGCCUCCUCCACGCCCGCCGCCGCCGGCAAGGACGAGGCCCCGCCCAAGUCGUCCCCUCGGACAAAGGGCAAAGGUCAAGAGGCGGCCAGGCUGAAAGAGGCGGCCGAGAGCAAGGAGCUGGAUCAGUACCCCUUCGUGCACUGGAAGGUGAAGGAGGACAAAGGGGAGAAGAAGGAGGGCCCCGUCCGCCCGUCCAGCCUCGCCCUGCGGCCCUCGGACGCCGCGGCGGAGCGCAACGGCCACGAGGAGGCCUCCGGGCUGCCCGGCCUCCAGCGCCGGCCGGGGGCCCUGAAGGAGAAGCCGGACAAGUGGAAGGGCGGGAGGAAGAGCGAGGGCGGGUCGCCCCCGCGGCCCGACACCGCGCAGCACAAGAGGCAGAUCCACGCACAGGGUCGAUUGACGUCCACCUCGCUAGACGGCUUGUCUACAGGCUCUGAGGGGGCCGGAGCCUCAUCGCACAGAGAGGUGCUGAGCCCUUCAGAGAGCCAUUCUGAUGGCUCAAAGAGCAGCUCCUUCAGAAGGAAGAGCCAGGAUGCCGCCAGUCGCCAAGACUCCUCCCCAACUGUCCCCUCGACGCCUGAAAGGUCAACGGGUUUCCUGAGGAUGAUCCUGAAGAAGCGGCCCCACAAAGAGGCCCAGACUCCGGACGACGCAGACCUAACCAUGGCCCAGUCCCUCAAUGACAAGUCGGCUGCAAAGGAAGCCCCGGCGGCCGGCCAGUCGUCCCGCCCCCACUCGGACUCCGCGGGGAAGGGGCUGAGCCGCAACCCCACCAUCAAGAUCAGCCGCGCCACGCGAGUCUCUGAGCAGUGGAACGCCUCGCUGGACCGCGAGAUCACCAACUCCAACGAGCUGCGGCACCUGGACGAGUUCCUAGGCAACCAGGUGAAUGAUUUCCGCUCCAGGGGAAAACAGCUGUCGGCCACAGAAGCCAUCUUCGUCACGGCGACCAUGGAAUUCAGGAAGAACAUAUUGGCCAUGUACUCCCUCACGAAGCUCACCAUCGGCUACAAAGACCUGAUGAAGGGCUACCAGGCCAAGGUCAUCCACCUGGCGGGGGAGGGCCAGAAGGGGGAGGUGCAGCUGGUGGUGAACCUGUUCCAGUCGGUGCUGGACGGCUUCAUCAGAGGGGAGAUGAAGAAGGAGGAGGAGCCUGUCAAGCCUGCUAAAGCCAGGAAGAAACGCCGGAAAAAGGACAAAAGUAUGGACAGCCCCCUGGACCACAUGUUCAGCACCUAUCAGGUCAACAUCAUGCAGUCAUGUGACCAGUGCACCUCCUACAUUUGGGGCAUGGAGAAGGCCUACAUGUGUAGCUAUUGCAAAAUGGUGUGCCACAAGAAGUGCCUCUGCAAGAUCGUGACCGACUGCUCCACCUUCUGCGCCAAAAAGAGCGACGACGAGUGGGACGGGACGCACUUUGGUGUGCGCAUCUGUCGCCUGAUCAGCGACAAGAACCCCGUCCCCAUGGUGAUGGAGAUGAUGCUGGAGCACGUGGAGAUGCACGGCCUGUACACGGAGGGCAUCUACCGCAAGUCGGGCUCGGCCAACCGCAUCAAGGAGCUGCACCAGCGCCUCGACACAGACCCCCACCUGGUGUGUCUGGAGGACUACCCCAUCCACACGGUGACAGGCCUGGUGAAGCAGUGGCUCCGGGAGCUCCCCGACCCCCUCCUGACCUUCAUCCAUUACAACGACUUCCUGAGGGCCAUCGAGCUACCAGAGAAACAGGAACAGCUUCAUGCCAUCUACAAAGUGCUGGAGGAGCUCCCGACGGCCAACUUCAGCACCUUGGAGAGACUCAUCUUCCACCUUGUCAGGGUGUCCAAGGAGGAACCUCACAACCGCAUGUCCCCCAACUCCCUGGCCAUCGUGUUCGCCCCCUGCAUCCUGCGCUGCCCCGACAGCGCAGACCCCCUGAUGAGCAUGAGAGACGUGGCCAAGACCACCACGUGCGUGGAGCUGGUGAUCAACGAGCAGAUCAGACGCUACAACGAGAAGAUGGAGGAGAUCGAGCAGCUGGAAUACGCCGAGACUCUGGCCGUCAACCAGCUGAAGCUCAAGAGGCAGAACACGCACUACUGGCAUUUCCCUCUCAGGUUCUCAGCUCCUUACAAAGGAGUGGUGCUCAACGAGAAGCCCGGCUGUGACCUGACGGCCGUGCCUGAGAACGAACCCCUGGACUCGGACGCCGAGGCAGAGCAGAACCUCAUGGAGCGCAUCAAGACCAUCAAGCAAGAGAAGGACGACCUGGCGUGCCGCCUCCCGGAGCUGGAGCAGCCGGGCUCGGACCAGGAAAACCUGGACUCUGAGGCCUCGCUGAGCUCCGAGAGCCUCCUGGACGACCAGCGACGCUCCGAGGCAGAAGGACCCAGCUGGGCCCUGCAGAGGAGCUCCAAGCAGGUCUCCCGACCCCGACCUCUCCUCUCUGACCUCUCCCCGCAACCCAAGGCCCCCGGUGGACCGCGUCUCUCCCCGCAGAGCCUCAGCCCUGGCAGCUCCUCUUCCUCCUCCCCCUCCUCCUCCUCCCCCUCCUCCUCCUCCUCCUCCUCCACCCCCACCACUCCAAACGUCAGACUCCAGCUCAUGCGGAAUCCGGUCAUCCCCGGCACGGUGAAGCUCCCCCACGGCCUGCUGGCUCAGUCCCGGUCCCUGGACCCGGGCCCCUCCCCCCAGGCCGCCUGCGGCUCCAGGCCGCCGCGGAGGGCGAGGGACCCGCCCGGCCGGCGCAAGGACAUCACCCAGUCCAUGUACCUGGACGGCGCCGCCGCCUCCUCCUCCGUCUCCAUGACUACGCUCAUCCCGCCGUGCCAGCAGACUCACGGCUCCGCCCACCAGGGCCGAAGACGCUUCUCCGACCCGGACCCCUCUCGCACGGAGAGCAGCGACGCUUGACGGGGCGGGCGGUCACUGAGGGGGGCGGCCCUGGGACAGGAGAGGGAGCCGGCCCCCCAGUGGAGAGACGUCCGUCCCCCCAGUGGAGAGACGUCCGUCCACAGGAAGGGCCGCCCGGAGAGGUUAAGACGCUAGGGGAACUACAAUAGAGAAACACACAAUAGGACACAGCCACGGAUAGGAGACGACAGGAGGGCUUUAUGGGUUAUGUGGAUGACCGCCAUGUGACGGGAAGGAGAGAGGAAGGCAAAAACGGACUUGUUAAGUAGAGGUUUCCAUGGUAACCAGUUUAAGAGUUACCCUUUUAGAAUCUUGUCGUCCUGAGACUUUGACACAACAGGUCAUGAUGUUGCCAAGCACUUUUUCUAUCAUUAUUAAUAUAUUGUGGUCAUGGACGUUGAUCGGAAGGGGCUGGAGUUAUAACGGCCUCACGAUGGACCUUUUGGACACAAAACCUUUUUUUUUCUUGCGAUUUUUACCCACAUUACCCACCAUCAUUUGUGCUAUUUCAAGGACAUCCUACAGGCUAUAACUGCACCUUUUACAUGUAUUUCGUAGUAUUCGCAAUAAGCACAUUAAGCCAGUGUGCUUGUUUAGAAGUUGACUAGUGCCUUGAUUUUGUAUCGUUACUGAACGGCAUACAAGCAAAACAGUUUGUCCACGUUAACUAUACGGCAUGGAUCGAGGGGAGAGAGGGAUGGGCUGUUACCCUUUGUCUUACGGUAGAGGGGUCUUUUGUGUAAAUACUUCUGAGCAGAUUGUACGUCAAACCAACUCAAGAGGUGUUACAAACGUCAAAAGACACACACACACACACACACACACACACACACACACACACACACUAUGAAUGUCCUGGCGCCUUACGAGUCUCCGAGGAGUUUCACUCUUUACCCACAGCGACACACGCCGAGAGAAGCCACCGUCACGGCAAUAGGGAAACGCUCACAAGCAACACUCACCACUUUUCCUCGGGCUCAAAGCAGACACCCAGUAACAAUGUUAGCCCCCAUGGCACGAUGUCUACCACCCUCAAGUCCUCACAUAAAGAUAUGGCUGAACCCACACAUGUGUGUAUGUUACCCGGCUUCCAAGGUGGAAGCAAGGUGGCACAAUAAAAGCGUACCUCGUUGAAGUAUGGUAUUUUUGCCGACUUUGUAUUUGUAAAACUAAUGUUUCUCUUUGCUGUUGAAUGCCGUCUCGUCCGUGUGUCAUGUUUUGAGUGGGAUAAGAAGACGAUGUGUUUUGGUGUGUGAUUGGAUCUGUAUGAUGUUGUGUUACCAUUGACGGGACAAGAUAGUAAAUGAUGCUUGUAAUAAC